CAAGCUUCUCUUGGAGGUCACAAUGGCCACCCAAGGCAGGGGAACUUUAGGCCUCCUCCCUAGGGGUGCUGUUCUCCAGAAACAGGAGGGGCGUCAGACCAUGAAGCAGGAGCCAGGGAGCCAGACCUGGGGUCAGGGCUGCAGUCUCCAAAAGAACCACCCUCCUGUCUGUGAAAUUUUCCGGCUGCACUUCAGGCAGUUAUGUUACCAUGAGAUGUCUGGGCCGCAGGAGGCACUGAGCCGGCUCCGGGAGCUCUGCCACUGGUGGCUGAUGCCAGAGGUACACACCAAGGAGCAGAUCCUGGAGCUGCUGGUGCUGGAGCAGUUCCUGAGCAUCCUGCCUGGGGAGUUACGGACCUGGGUGCAGCUGCAUCACCCUGAGAGUGGCGAGGAGGCUGUGGCCGUGGUGGAGGAUUUUCAGAGACACCUAGGAGAGGUUUCAGGUACUGUACAGGAACAGGAAAUGUGUUUGGAGGAGACGACAACCCUGGGUACAACAGAAGAAUCUCUUCCUACCUCACCCUUCAGUGAGGGUUCAGCCUCUGGAGGCCGCCUGGAGCCUCCUCAUGACCUCCUCCCCAGUGGGCACUCUGAAAUAGAGAGACAGGUGACACAUCGUGCAGGAAGAAUCCACGGGACAAUGAAGAGGAAGGAGAAUUACGAGGGACAGAAAUUUUAUCAAUGUGAUGAAUGUGGUAAAGCUUUCAAUCGGAGUUCACACCUCAUUGGGCAUCAGAGAAUCCACACUGGAGAGAAGCCCUAUGAGUGUAAUGAAUGUGGUAAGACCUUCAGGCAGACCUCUCAGCUCAUAGUUCAUCUCAGAACCCACACAGGGGAAAAGCCCUAUGAGUGCAAUGAGUGUGGAAAGACUUACCGACACAGCUCUCAUCUUAUUCAACACCAGAGACUCCAUAAUGGUGAGAAACCCUAUAAAUGUAAUGAAUGUGCAAAAGCCUUCACUCAGAGUUCCCAACUGAUUGACCACCAGAGAACCCAUACUGGGGAGAAACCUUAUGAAUGCAAUGAGUGUGGUGAGGCCUUCAUUCGUAGUAAAAGUCUUGUCCGGCAUCAGGUGGUUCACACUGGUAAAAAACCUUACAAGUGUAGUGAGUGUGGGAAAGCUUUCUGUUCUAAUAGAAAUCUUAUUGACCAUCAGAGGAUCCAUACUGGGGAGAAGCCUUAUGAGUGUAAUGAAUGUGGCAAAGCCUUCAGUCGGAGUAAAUGUCUUGUUCGACAUCAGAGCCUCCACACUGGGCAAAAACCAUACAAAUGUAAUGAAUGUGGGAAAGCUUUCCAUCAGAACUCUCAACUUGUUGACCAUGAGCGAAUUCAUACUGGAGAAAAACCUUUUGAAUGUAAUGAGUGUGGUAAGGCAUUCAGUCUGAGUAAAUGUCUUAUUCGACAUCAGAGACUUCACACAGGUGAAAAGCCCUAUAAAUGCAAUGAGUGUGGAAAAUCCUUCAACCAAAACUCACACCUUAUUAUUCACCAGAGAAUUCACACUGGUGAGAAGCCUUAUGAAUGUAAUGAGUGUGGGAAGGUCUUCAGUUAUAGCUCUAGUCUCAUGGUGCAUCAGAGAACCCAUACUGGGGAGAAACCCUAUAAAUGUAGUGAUUGUGGGAAGGCCUUUAGUGACAGCUCACAGCUCAUUGUGCACCAGAGAGUUCACACAGGAGAGAAACCCUAUGAAUGUAUUGAGUGCGGGAAAGCCUUCAGUCAGCGUUCCACUUUUAAUCAUCACCAGCGAACUCACACUGGAGAG